UGUGCGCUAGCGGACCGACGUGUACAGCCCAGUUCAAGUUCGAGUCUUCAACUUAAAUUCAGUUAAAAGGUUUAAAAAGAAAAAUCAGCUGAACGCGUCUCUCUUCGUUAUCUUAACAGAAUCGGAUUCUAAAGAAGAAAAUUUUUUUCUUCAGUGAUAAAAAGUGAAAGCUUUUGAGCAAUGGAAGGAACAGUGUUUUCUCCUUCUUUGGAAGGAAUGCAGCAUAUCAAAUCUCCCCAAGGGGAAAUGCUUACUAAGCCUUUCCUGGAGGUCUGCAAAUUGAUUUUGCCAGUCAUAGAUAAGUUUGGAGCUGCUAUGACCCUUGUAAAGAGUGAUAUUGGCGGUAACAUAUCGAGGUUGGAAAAAAAAUACCAAUCUGAUACCACUAAAUACAACUACUUGUACAAUAUGGUGAAAGAAGAGGUUGAAUGUAAAACAGCAAAAGGAUCAUCUAGUUGCACCAAUGGUCUUCUUUGGUUGACAAGAGCAAUGGAUUUCCUUGUAGAAUUGUUCCGCAACUUACUUGCACAUCCAGAUUGGGCAAUGGCAGAAGCUUGUACAGACUCCUAUGGCAAGACCCUGAAAAAAUUUCAUGGCUGGAUUGCUAGUUCAAGUUUCACAGUUGCUAUGAAGCUGGCUCCAGAUAGGAAGAAGUUCAUGGAAGUGAUAGCUGGCUCGGGAGAAGUUAAUGCUGACAUGGAGAAAUUUUGUUCUUCUUUCUCUCCAUUUCUUGAGGAGAAUCACAAGUUUCUGGCUAACUUUGGUUUGGAUGAUAUGAAGGCUUGAUGACCAAAGCAGUUUAUUCACAAGUGGAGCAAAAGGCUUCUAUUUACUCCUAUCUCUUAACUUUUUCGAUCUUGCGCUCAGCUCCUAAAGCUUCAUAUUAUUUAAAUAAUUAACGACUUUAAACCUUUACCAGUUAUUAGCCUUGUUUCAGUCUCUUUCAAUCCAAUACUACUUAUUUUGUGGUUAUUA